AUGUCCCUGGGGAGUCCAACUACAUCUGUGAUUCUUCCAGCGUUGCCGGGAUCUUCGGCAGGAAUCCGCGCUCGUGUUCGCAAGCCAGGGACAUGGGUGGAUGCGCGUGUAGACUUGCAGCUGAGGGUCCCAGCGAGAUCCGUAGGCAUCACAGUGGCCCGUGUGUGUAUGACCACGCAGUAG